UACAAAAUACACAAACAAAUAGGCAGGACACCUAACCUUUUCUUUAAAAGUAUGUGAGUCUUAAUCCGUGUUGAACUCCAGUUAACCCAAAAUUUCCAUAAAAAUAGUAUUUUAACCAUACAUGACAACAUUCAGUCUACCAAUUGAUACUGAAAGCGUUCACUCGUUUGAGAAAAGGUCCUGGAAUUUCGCAUGCUCGUGCACAUCCAUUGAGCAAAAGAAAGCUUAACUUCUCUAGUGCUGUUGAUCGUUUGAAGGGACAUGGUGUUCUCUGAAUUCUUUUUGGAUAGGCAGAAUAAUUGUACUAUCAUCAAUCGUCGAAACCGCAGUUAAGGUUGGUGUGUCAAGCGAAUGCUGUGGGAUCUUUGUUUCCUAUAGGGAUGAUUAUUUGAGGCUCUUGGACCCGCUACAGUUUCUUUGCUCAGACAUACAACGUUUCCUGUCUGUGUGAGUGAGGUUCAGCUAAGUCCGUUUGCACGGUGACGGGAGGGGGAGACUGUGGAAACUGUGCCAACAAUGAGAUUCAAGGCAGAUGUAGCAGUAAUGGGAGGGAGAGCACUAGGAAAACUCACAUCUUGUGUACCAGAUUUGUACCAUCAUUCACAUUCAUUCAAAAGAACGGCAACUGUGGUCUCCUCGCCAGUAUACCGCUCUGUCUAGCUAACCUUGAAGGUUCUCGCUUGUUAGAGGGAUUCUGAUAAAACUACAUUUCCCUGAAUUUCCUCUCCAAUAUUACACAAACUAUAUCCGGGUCAGAGGAGGCGAAUUUCCGCGCCUUUUCGCUGUCGGAAUAGACCUGAGAGCUAAACAAGCUGCAAGAGACUUCAACAGUACUACCAAAUCAUGGACUAAACUCAACUUUAACGUUUGUACUUCAAAUGUAGAAGACUUGGUGACAAAGGAUAAAGAUCAAGAAUUAUGUUGCUUCCGUCUGACGUUGCUAGACUUGUCCUGGGCUAUCUGCAGCAAGAAGGGCACACUGCCACAAGUCGAUGUUUCAUCUUUGAAAGUCCAAACCUGAAAGAGUAUGCAGAGCACAGUUCAGAGGAUGGGCCAAUCCCUGCCUGUGUGUUUUCUCUUUUUGGAAAAAACCUGAACACGAUUUUAAAUGAAUAUGUUGCUGGUAAGACAAAAGAGACAAAUCAAGAAAAUCAAAUACCAGCAGUGAUGACAUCAUUAUGGAAAAAGCUUGAAUUCACACUCAACCAGAUCAAGUCUUUGCAGAACUCUCCCACCGUGCAAAUUAAUCAGCGAUUGCGGACUAUAAAUAGCAUUCAAAGCAUGAGACCACAGCAGAGACUCUUGUCGGCAUCGCAGUCUACCUUGUCUGGGAAUCUGCCAGUGACUCAAGCAGGCCAGUGUCUCCCCAGUCCUGUAUCAACCCCUCAAGGUAUGCUGGGACAUUCCACCCCAGUGUCUUACACUUCCCACCAUACCAGACCCUCCACUCUCUGCCUUGCUCAGUCAGGAGAGUCAUCAUUGCAGAUAUUGGUCCCCGAUCAAAGACUGAAUCCAGGACCUUUGUCUCCUGCCCGCAGAAAAUGUGACUCACCAAGACGAAGGGGAGGUGGUCAGUUGGGUGCCAGUGGGACCAGCAGAAGUAUGGUAGUGGCCAGCACUCUUAUUGUGGAAACUCAGUGUGAUGAGACGGUGGCUGAGAACUUAUCUCAAAUAGUCAUAGAAAAUGCCAGAGAUAAAAUUCUGAAUGAUAGAUCCUUACAAGAAAAACUUGCUGAAAACAUCAACAAAAUCUUGGCAAGUGAUAAUAGUCCCCAGACAUCAAAAGCUGCCUGCAGUACUGUGGAACAAGAACAGUCGAUCGAAGAAAUCCUGGGCCUCCAGGGGGAAAUUCAUAUGACAGAUGAUACCAUUCAAGACAUUCUGGUACAGACGGAAUCAGACCCGGCAUUUCAAGCACUCUUUGAUCUCUUUGAUUAUGAGAAAAGUAAGACACCUGAGGGCAGUGAACAGGCUGAUAGGAGUUUCAGCUCAAGCACACUGGAGAGUGACGAAAUGGGCCAUGUUGAUAGUGUCUCUGAGACAGGCACUGGACAUGAGGGUUCCACAUCAGGGGGAGAAGGAAGUGCAAGCAAAUUAAGGAAUGGAAAUGCAUCUGAGACAAAUAGCAAAAAAUCUUCAUCCGUUUGUAGUGUGUCAAAAUCUGCUGCCAUAACUCCACAGCCAUGUUCAGUAACCAAACAAACAUCCACUGGACAAGGAUCCUCAAUUGCCAAGCGAGGGCUACUUAGGACCAGAGUUUUAUCUGGAAAUCAACAAACCAGAGGAGCCAUUUCAACUCCAAAGUUGAACGGUGAAGCAGAUUCACUUGCACCCGACCAAACCGUAUCAAGCUCAUCUUUCUUGGAGGAUGGAGCAAUCAUGGAGAUAGAUAAACCACAAAUCGAAACCUCAGAUACCUUAAAUAUUCAGCAUCCAUUGCUGACCCCUCCAGGUUGCUCUGACACUACUGAAAUUCUUAAUGAUAAAAGCAGCCAACACGUUACUGUUUCAGAUAAGCCACCACAAACCACUUCCACAGCUAAAGUUAAUAAAUCCAUAAAUGAGACUGGGAGGUUAGCAGGAAUGCCUGGUGGACAUUCUGGAUUGAAUUUGGAUAUGACAAAAAUCUCUGUAUCCACUAUUCAAAGUAAGGCUUUGCCCUCACCUCAUCUACCCCAACCUGACAUGGACAUAUCUGCCAGAAUGGCUUCACAAACCUCAAACAAAUCUUAUUUAACCCCAUCAUGCACACCGCAGAAAGAUUCAGCCCUCAAACACACUGAGCAUAACAAUGUCAGGAGCAAUCCCUCUACAGCAAGUGCUUCAUCUGCAGCCAGCAUUACACUAUCUACCUCAGGUGUUUCUCAUGCCCAAGCCAAGGAUCCUGACCCCAGUAAGUUUGUGUCUCUGAACAUCAUCAUCAGUAAUGAACAGGAUGAGCAAUCCAAUGAUGUGGCAUUGAACCAGGCUGUUUCAAGCAUCACAGGUGACCACAUCCCUUCCAUCUUCCUGUCCUCCCCUGCCAAAUCUCCUGCCACGACUCUGCCUACAUCAGUCAUAACGCAGGAGAAAACAGCUCAGGUGGUGAGCAGCUUGCAGGGGCCAGAAGAUGUUGGGUCAUUCGGAAUACCUACAAUGAUUGUUCAGAGUAAAGCUCAGACUACGCCGGCAUGUCCCACAGGUCAAGAAACUGGUUUUAUUCAGCUUUUGCCUACUACCCCAACCUUUGGGUCGUCAGGUGGCUAUUUUGUUUUAACUGAUCCUGCUGCUGGUGAUCAGCAGUCAAAUGUAGUGCUGCUUCCAAGUAACAUGCCUCAAGGAACUGUGUCUUCUAUGCCACAUGUGGUAGCAACGCCACCUCGCCAGAGGACUGUUGUGUCCAUGAGUCCAAAUGUCUCUCAGGCCUACUCGACUGGAUCCACAAUCAUUAUAUCUUCACCAGUUCAGACCAUGUUACAAAAUGUGAUGGUUCCAGUGUCAGUUAUGGGGCAAAAUACUGGAAAACAUGUGGUCCGUCCCAAUCAGAUGUUGUCUUUGCCAUGUUCAACUACUGUAAGACAACCUGCAAAAGUUAUAUCUCAACCUAAAUUGGCACCUAAGGAAAACACUGACAUGGGCAAACCUGACACAUCUGGACCCAGCCAAGUUUCAAAAGUACAUCCCCAGACCUCUGACCUGCAAAAGAGUGGCAGUGGAACAAGCCCCAGCCAUCGGAGGAUACUUUGCUUUGAUGUCACACCUGAAAACACUGCAGCUGGCCAGAGUUCUACAGAGACAAGCACUUUCACAUCCUCUGUUACUACAUCUUCCCCCACUCAACAGGCUGAUAAGGAAAUCAAACGGACUGAACCGAACCCACCUUUAGUUUCUGACACCAGUAAAAGACGGAUAGAAACGAUUAGGCUGCCUCAAGUAAAUCACAGUGCAGGUAUAAAGGACUCUGCAACAAUUACCAUAUCUCAACAGCAAAAAGAAGCCCCAAAAAGUAAAAUGUCUGAAAAGGGAACAGAUCUAACUGCUAACAAAUCACCCACUAAGCCAGAGUCUUUCUAUAGAUCAGAUUUACAUAAAAAAUCUUCAGACAAGGUUGAUGGUAGAGUGGUUUCAAAGAGUACAAAAUUGUCUGCACGGAGGCAAAAGCAGAAACCACUAGACAACACAAAGAAUAGUACACAAGAAGAAUCUCAUGAAAGGAGGUUGACAAAGCCAUCCGACCAAUCCUCCGAGAAGAUCUCCUCACAAGAGUCUCCUGGUGUCACUGCAAACAAGGAAAAUGAGUUGGAGGGCCUUCAGCGAGAGCAGCGUCAGGCAACUUCUUGCCCACCAACUGAAGAUCUUGUAGCUUCUACAGUUAAAUCUGCUGCACCCAUAUCAGGCACUUCCAAUAAACCUUUAUGCAAGACGAGCCCAUUAAUGAAACGGGCAGUUGAGAUGCUGCAGGACAUACAGUGCCAGGCUCCCAUGGCUACUCCUCCAAAGAGGCAGGGGCCCAGUUGUCCAGAUCUCUCAAUCCCAAGAACACCUGGACAAGGGCGGGCCACAGAGGAGCUGACAGCUGGAUUGAGAACCCCUUCUCGACAGAGGCUCAUACGGGAGUGUGAAGGUACGCCAAGGUGUCUCGCCCUUCCUGCUACACCAGAUAUCCCCUCCUGCAGUCCGGCCAGUGAGGCGGGCAGUGAGAACAGCAUUAACAUGGCUGCCCACACUCUCAUGAUCUUGUCUCGUGCUGCUAGGACAGGAGGUCCUCUAAAAGACAGUUUGCGUCAGGAAGAGGCCAGUGCUGGGAAAUCUUCUGCCCCUAAAGGAAAGAAGCGUAAGCACAUUGAACCAAGCCCUCCUGCAAAGAAUGGGUUACAGCUUUCUGGCUCCUCGGACAGUAAAAAGAAAUCGAAGAAACCGAAGCAGCUGCUGGACUCCUUUCCGGAUGACUUGGACGUGGAUAAAUUUCUCUCAUCCCUGCACUAUGAUGAGUAAUAAAGCUAAGACAGCCUCCAUAUCAGGGACAUAUCAAGCCAGGUGCGCUACUGAGAGUGAUAAAUCGGAGAGAUACCAUCUAUUCAGAAGAAUACCAAUCCUGAUUAACCUACCUAGUAGUCAUAUUCAUGCUGAAAGUGUCACUUUUUAACAUGCUUUUAAACAUGUAAAGACUAAUUUAGCACUCUUCACAGCAAAUAAAAAAGCGAAAUAAUUUAAACAUAACUGUAAUGUCCAUUGUAUAUGUGAAGAGUGUCAGUUCAGCUGCUCCAUUGCAACAGCUGUUAUUCAGUUAAUUGCAUCUUUUUCUUUAAUUGGACCUUGUUAAUAUCAACUGCACCAUUGUGAUUUACUUUGUACAGCCUCUAGGUGGCAUUCUUCCUUUACAGUCAGGAGGAGGGAUUUAUAUUGUCCAUUAGAUGGUUUAUAUUUUAUGACUUGUUUUAAUAAAUCAGUGUUUGAAUAUUGAAUGUAUUUUUGAUUAAUGUGAAAGUGCUCUAAUCAAACACACACACACAAGUGAUUUAUUUGGAGCAUUUUAAGUUCAAAAAGUCUUGCUACAGUUACUGCACAUACAUUAUGACCAACUUCACUGGUAUACAUUUAUAAACACCUUUACCUUUUAUUCACAGCUCCCAAAACAUAUUACCCAUUAUAUUUUUGUCAUCGCAUCAUUAAUGACUGAAGUCAUUGUAGAAAUUUUCAUUACAGACUUCAGAAACUAAUUAGAAAUAUAUUUUCAUGAAAGCCAAAUAAAUUUGUGAUUCCACAAGAGAAUGCAUUCGUAAACAUAUUUGAAAUGUCUUGUGUCUUUUAA